UAUGUUUCAGCGACCCGGCAGUGCCGCAGUGCCGUCCGUCAGCGACUUUGUCGUCAGAGCCCCGAGAUGCAGUGAGUCCGGUCGCCGAGGUCCAGCGACGAUCCAGGAUAGGGAAGCAGGCAGUUGGACGAAACUAUGACGAGAUAUUGGUUAAACGUUGCCUUAAUCAGGAUUAUUUUACCUGUGAUCCUAAUAGCAUGUGCAUUAUGGCGACCAGUAGGCCUGUCGCUGGUAUACCUGGCACUUGCGUUCGUUUCACCAUUUGUGCCGGUGCCGACAUACAACUCCAUGCACGGUCACACCGGACUUUUUCUAAAGAUCUGCAUAGGCCUCAGUUUCAUCGUUUCCGUCACUCAGUUAACGUUCCACGUAGUCCUCUUGGCUCUCCCUCCUUAUGGGCAUUUUUUAAAAAAUUGCGAUUUCGUCGAAAAACUUGUGAGGCACAUUGGCCUCGUGAGAUUAGAUGAUGCGUCGCUAUGGGUAGUAUUCUUUUGGCUUACACCAGAGAUCAUUGUAUUGCCAUCAAGUGUAUUUAUUUAUUAUUUAUGCCGUCGAUUUGUCAACUCUCCACUCGCAGACGAUGAUGAUAAUGCUUCGCUACAACGCUUUCUAAAGAAAUCCAAAGAGCGAUCAUCCAAGAUAAUAAAUUUUCUGGGUGGUAUCGGCACCUACAUCGUCUUAGUGGCCCUUUGCUGUACAGCCUCUUUGAAGCCCUCGAUCGAGGGUGCUUUGUAUUUCGUCGUGUUCAUCGGCUCGGCAACCUGGUGGGCCUUUCACCGGGAGCUGCGUCAUGGUUUCGCCGUCAUCUGUCGGCUCCUAAUGGCCAUCGUCGCCGUGCACAUCGUUGUGCUACUGUCCUAUCAGAACCAAUGGCCCCAGGAGUACUUGCCAAUCAAUAGUACUUGGGUCAGGUAUUUUGGCUUGGGAGCCAUUUACGAGACUAGCUGCAUCGACCCAAGAAAUAUAAAAUACAUCAAUAAUAGCGACUGGUCCAUCUACGCCGACUCCAUUAGGCUAUUUUUGCUUUACUUCGUAUUAGCAUUGCAGUCAAUAUUUCUGUUCAAGAAGCCGGCUAAGCAAAGAACGCGCCUGAGUGGCAAAUUGGAAACGCUGGACACGCCAUUGUCGCGACAUGUAUCCAUUCGUAAACGAACACCGUCACAACGAUGGCAAUCUGCACGGCGUAAGGCUCGAUUGAUGAGAUUUGGAUCGGGUCGCACAGGAUUACUCCAAGAUUCUACUGGAAGUGUUAUUGUGCAGGAUGGACAACAGGACGAUAGCAUUCAACUGCAAUCGCUGAGCGAAGGUGCAUCGGAGGAGAAACCAGGUAUUCUUGAACACGUCAUCAUGGCAGUUUUUUCUAUUUUCCAGCUCAUUGUAAAUUCAUCGUACUUGGCUACAAAUAUCAUCAUGAUGACUUGGAGUAUCAUGUACCAUAGUUGGACAACUUUUGCCUUAUUAUUGUGGGCAUUAGUCCUAUGGAUGGUGCCAUAUAAAAGAGCCUCAAUGAUGAAAUGUUCGCCGUUUAUUGCUUUUUAUUCAACGCUUUUACUUCUGAUUCAAUAUGUUUAUAGUAUGGAUUUAACUGAAGAAGAAUUGCCUACAAUUAUACAUGGAAUAAAAAUGUCAGAUAUUGGAUUUAAGAAAACAUCUGAAUUGAGCUGCUGGCAUCUCAUUGUGAAGAGCGUAUUCAUGAUAAUGUUUUGGAUCACGAUGAGGCAAUACAUGGCCGAGAAGAUGAGGAAAAGGAGAUCAUCGACGCUACGUGACAUGGUCGCGCCUUUACAUGUGUCGGUAUCUACGGCAACAACUGCAAUGAAUAAUCAAUCCGAGCCAGAAAUAAAAAGCGAAUUUAUGAAGAACGUGGGAGUUGUUAUAAAAAAAUUUUUAACAAAAUUUUGGAUUGCUGUAGUAGCCGUAAUGCUAUUCACUAGCGGGAUUACCGGCGAACGUAUGACAGUUUUCCGCAUUGUCUACAUGUCAUUAUUUUUGUUAUUUAUCAUUACAUUUCAGAUAUCUUGGGUCGUAUGGAGAAAAAUGAUGUACGGAUUUUGGAUUGCUGUCAUUGGAUACUCAGUUAUAAUGCUAAUUCUAGUUUAUACAUAUCAGUUCCCAGAUUUUCCUGAAUAUUGGGAAAAAUAUCUCUAUAUUUCGAAAAAUUUGCAAGAAGACAUUGGAUUAAUUACGUAUGAUACUAAAGAUUUAUUUGUUCGACUUCUCACUCCGACAUUUUUUGUAAUAAUUACCGUUUUACAAAUUCAUUAUUUUCAUCAUGAUUUUCUAGAAGUUACAAAUAUGAAAAGAGUUGUUGGAAUGUCGGUCAGAGAUGAUUUAAACAAAUCAGGCAGUACGAUUCCCACUGUAUUUUCCAACGAAGUUUUGACAGCAGCGCAGAAUGUCAGUGAAAUACAUGUAUAUACAUUAAAAGAACUGAAGCAGAUGUCAAAGAUAGAAAGAGUUGCACUUAUAAAGAAAAUAUCGAAAUAUCUUUAUAAAUUUUACAAUUGCCUUUGGCUGUUUUUAGAAAUACAUAUGCCGAAAAUUAUUUUUGUUUCUUUCAUUCUACUAUGUAUACAUGAUGUAUGCGCUAUUAACUUUAUUUUCAUAAUUUCUGUAGUUAUUUCAAUUAACUUAAGACGCAACAUACAGAUUUUGAUUAUAAAUAUAAUGGCUGCAACUGUAGCUGUUCUGAUGGUAAUAAAGAUGCUUUAUCAAAUUGACUAUAUAAAGCAUGAAGAUUGGGAUCGCAAUUGUACAGAACGUAUUAAAGGAAACUCCACGCAGAAUGAAACGAAUAUAAUAAAAACUUACAACAUGGCAGAGUGGAUAGGCAUGCAAAAAGUUGACGAUAGUAUAAAGUUACCAAAACUUCUUGAUGGUUACAUAGGCAUAAUAACCGUAACAACUUUGCGUGCGAUAAUCUCCAUACGUCAAUGGUUUUAUCGUCAUAAAAUGCACCAACCGCUCGAAACUCCUCUGAUUAUGUUCCCAAAAAUAAAACGAGCAGAUGCAGAUGAGGGCCUUUUACCAUGUUUAAAAUUUUUUUGCAAUUACGGCUUUUACAAAUUUGGUCUCGAAUGUUGUUUGAUGGGUAUCGUCGCGUUCAUUGGAACUAGAUUGGAUUUCUAUUCUGUUUUGUAUAGUAUCUGGUUAAUGAUAUUAUUUUCAAUGAAUAGAAAAACUGUUUCAAAGGUCUGGCCAUUCUUCAAGAUGUUCGCCAUCGUAUUAUUGCCAUUACAAUACGCAUUGGUUGUUGCACCGCCUACGUGGCUCUGUAUUGAUUAUCCUUGGAGAAAUUCAGAAGUGUUAAAAGGUUUACAAGAAUGGAUGUAUUUACCUGAUCCAGAUUCUCGCCCCAAUCCAAAAAAACUUAUGUGUGAUUUUAUAUUAUUGCUAAUGAUAGUUCGUCAAAGUGUGGUAUUUCAAAUAGAAUGGCGUAGUAUAACAAGCGAACAAGAGUUUGUCGCUGGUCAUAAUUACUCCGUUUAUAGAGAUAUGGAUAAACCUAACUUCAUUAAUCCAAUUAAAGAUUAUGUAUCGCAUAUACAUAAUUGGCUAGAUGUAUUUAAGAGAGGUAGUAUGAUGAGUUUUAUGUGGAUUACAUUAUCAAUAAUGUUUUUGGCUGGAACGAAGAGGACAAAUCUAUUUUCUUUGGGAUAUUUGAUCGGUGCUUUUAUUUUCUUAUGGCAAGGCAGCGAUUUUUAUCUACGGCCGGUGAAAACUAUUUUGAAGUGGUGGAACAUAUUAAUAGGAUACAACAUUUUUGUUAUAUUCUGUAAAACAAUAUUCCAAGGAAUUGGAUGUGUUUUUAUUCAGAACCUAGAAGCUUACGCCUGCUGGUUUAUUCAAUUGUUAGGAAUUGCAUGUCUCAAGAAAUUCGAAAUUUCUGACGAACAAUUUAAGUCCAGUUCCACAUGCGAAGUGGAUCGUAAGGAUAUUGGAAUGGUUUGGGAUGGACUGUGCUUCGGAUUUCUGUUAAUUCAAAAACGUCUGUUUCGCAGCUAUUAUUUCUUUCACAUUGUUGAUGAGACGAAAGCUAUGAGUAUAUUAGCUUCGCGAGGCGCCGAACUUUUAGAAGAAUUACAUCAGAAACGCAUUUUAGAACAAGAGAACCUUGAAAAAGCGGUAUUUCAAAAGAUCAAGCACAAAAUGGAUAAGAUUAAAGCCAAUCAACGGAAAAUACAUGGACCCAAUUACAAAGAGCCAACAACUCACAAAAUUGAUUCUUUAUAUAGCAGACUCGAUCGGCCGCUGUAUAGACAUCAAUCACCAAAAACUCAUUUGCAGGCUGUGAGAUCGGGAGACUACUAUAUGUUCGAUGAUAUGGACGAUGACGACUUGACUGACUUGUUUCCUGAAAAGGAUAUCUCAGAAGAGGAGAGUCAAUAUCCUGAACGUGAACAGCAAAAUCGCAAAAUGACUGUAUCCGAGCUGAUGAACACGCUGAUAAAAACAGACAUUGAAAUAGCGACGCACGUCGCGUUGUUUGGAGGGACUCAAAAGGACGCCAUGAAAAUACGUCGUAGGAGUGUGCCGCUGACACGCAAGAAAUCAUCCAUGUCCUAUCUGAGUGCUCAUUCUGAUUCCGACACUGCCGCGACCACCGAUUUACCUGAGCAAUCGACGAUAAAUUACGGCGAUGAAGAUGCAACAGAACGUGAAAUCGAUGAGGAUUUGGAUCAGAUAUCGGCAAAGCAGAACAAAAGCGAUACCAAAUUGAAAGAAGAUGUAGAUGAACACAAGGUGUCUUUUUUAACAUACUUCAAAUUUUUUUGGGCGUUCAUCAAUAGCACCAUGGUGUCCAUGACGAAAUACUUGAAUAAUUAUUCCAAUGAUUAUAGAUAUGUAAGAAUUGUACUUGCCAAGGAGAAGAAACUUUUAAAGGCUAAGCCGGACUUUCGAAUGGGCACGCGACUUGGUAUAAAUCAGAUAUGGCAGCCAUUGCCGAUAGUCAAGCAAAGAUCAUCCACAAAUGGAAAUGCUGAAGAUGAAACGGAAGAUCCAGGUGAAGGAACCAGCACUAAGAGCGAACAAAACAAACAAAGCUCAUUAUUUUCGCGCGACGUCGAAUACGAAGGUGAGGAAAAUGAUGUAGUUUUAUCGGAAGUGGAUCAACCACCAAUCAUACAACUAGCCGCGUCCAUAUGGUUUGGCAUUUUGGCUCACUCGACAUUUCUAUGUUAUUUCAUGGUGUUUUUACAUCAAAUAAAAAAUGCAUCGAUAUUGUCGACUCCGUUACCAUUAAUGGUGUUUCUUUGGGGCUCUUUGACUAUUCCAAGACCAUCGAGAACGUUUUGGGUCACAUUAAUUGCUUACGUAGAGAUAAUCGUGAUAAUAAAAUGUAUUUGUCAACCUGCGUUUCUAUCGUGGAACAAGAAAGAAAUGUCAUCCUAUCCAUUCGAAAUACCUAGAAUUAUAGGAGUAGAACGAAAACCCAAUUAUGCAUUAUGGGAUUUGCUACUUCUAUUAGUCGUUUUCUUUCACAGAUUCAUGCUAAAAUCCUUGGGACAGUGGACGACACCAUUAAUAAAACCUCGGUCCAUAAUCCCAUUAGGUUUUACGGUUGCUACUGUAAAACAAACCAACGAAAUUAACGGAGACAAAAUUGAUACGGUAGCACAGAGUGGGCAACAAAGCAGCUCAACGAAUAGUGCGUUUAAUGAAAUAAAAACUCCAAAAGGAUUGACUCUAAGUUUGCAUGUAAAUGAUGGAGGGAAUAGAGAACUCGAUGUACCACCCGUUAGCGAUAGUGAAAGGAUUGUUGUGAUUCAAGCAACAGAACGGAAUAUUUUAGAGAGCGAUUUUCGAAAAGCCAUGCACAUUACCACUCUUAAAUAUGUCGAACCUAUCAGGAAGUUCUUUUUAGAUAUCCUUGAUCCAUCCGGUAAAGAGAAGACAAAUGUUUACGCUUACAUGUUCCUUUGUGACUUUUUUAAUUUUAUUCUAUUGAUUUUUGGAUUUUCAUCCUUUGGUGCUCAACAAGGCGAUGGAGGAGUAGCGACUUAUUUUGCCGAAAAUCGUGUUCCAAUGCCGUUCUUAUUAAUGUUAUUAUUGCAGUUUGCAUUAAUAGUUAUCGAUAGAGCAUUGUUUUUGAAAAAAUCAAGCGCUGGAAAAUUGAUAUUUCAAUACUGUCUUGUUAUUGGUAUUCACAUAUGGAUGUUCAUAAUAUUACCAAGUGCAACCGAGAGGCAAUUUAAUACCAAAGUAAUACCCCAAAUCUGGUACAUGGUAAAAUGCUUUUACUUACUGUUCGCUGCGUACCAACUGCGCCUUGGUUAUCCUACCAGAAUACUCGGUAACUUUUUAUGUAAAAAGUAUACCCUCGUAAAUUAUACGCUCUUCAAAGGUUUCAUGGUCAUUCCAUUCCUUUUUGAAAUGAGGGCUGUUAUGGACUGGAUUUGGACAGACACGUCUAUGACUGUGAUGGACUGGUUUAAAAUGGAAGAUAUUUUUGCUAAUAUAUAUCAAAUUAAGUGUAUGCGAGGAAUGGAAAGUGAUUACCCACAACAAAGGGGUGUAAAGAAAACUCAGAUAAGUAAAUAUCUAGUGGGUGGUGGUGCACUUUUCCUUAUGAUUGGCAUGAUAUGGUUCCCGCUACUACUUUUUGCCCUUGGCGGCACUGUUGGUAUUUCAAAUCUGCCUUACGAGAUGGAUCUCACCAUUAAAAUUGGUUCUUACGAUCCAAUCUACAAGAUCUCUGGACAAAAUAGUUCAAUAUUUCAAUAUACCGAAAAUAAUUUCAACGAUAUGAAAGAAUUGUACGAGGUUAUACAUCGCGACAGAUCUGCCGUUACGUUUUUGGAAAAUUAUAUAAACACGGAUGUGGCUGUGGUGAAGUUGAGUACUGAAUCUGGCAGUAUUUGGAAUAUUUCGCCACCCGAUAGAAAAAGAUUAAAAGCAGAAUUAAUGUCAGAAAAUAUUGUAACUAUACGUGUAGAGUGGCAAGUAUCGAGGAAACGAGCCUCAAAAGAUGCAUCGGGUGUAACAUCGAACACACGCGACAUUUUCCUUGAACCAUAUGUGAACGGUACGAGCAAUCCAGUGCGACUAAGUUUGAUACAACUAUUAAGCAGAAACGACGAAAGUAACGAAUUAACGGUGAAAAAUGAAACCGAAUUGCUAGUACCUACAAAUGGAGAUGUAAAUCGAUUUACAACUGGUAACAAUAGUGUUAUUUUACGAAAUAUUUUACCGAUGUUCCUUAAAGUUACUAGUAAAUCUAUUACCGUUGUACCACAGUUGAUGCAGCCACUUGUACAUCAUAAAAACAAAUUUUAUCUUGAUGUCGAAGACGAAGAAUCCAAGAGCUAUGUAUAUCGAGAUGCAACGCUAAUCAUAACGAAUAAUUCAAUCAAUCAAGAAUGGUUUUCUAUUCAAGAAUCAUGCAACGACAGUAUUUAUAAUACAUCUUUUAAUGAAAUUCCGUUGAAUGAUUGUUCAUACAUCACUAUGUUCUUGUUCAAUGAUAAAGUCUUCCCUGAGGGUCUUAGUUUUAUCAGUGGCUUAGGAAUAUUCGGAUUAUACACCACAGCCGUUAUACUCGUCAGCAGUUUUAUAAAAAAAAUGGUGAGUGAUAUGGCACCCAAAAUCAUGUUCGAAGAUUUGCCAUAUGUUGAUCGAAUAUUAAGACUCUGCUUGGAUAUUUAUCUUGUACGCGAAAGUGGAGAUUUGUGCCUCGAGGAAGAUCUUUUUGCAAAAUUAAUUUUCCUCUAUAGAUCACCAGAAACAUUAAUCAGAUGGACAAGAUCCCCAGAACCUGAUGAACAAAAGAAUGGAGACGAAGAUGGUGAAAAUUACAAUGAAAUAAAUGAUGACGAUAACAAUGAUGGUGUUGAUGGCAAUGAUGAUAAUCAAAUUCAAUUGCGCAAAAGAGUCAAAUCCGAUGAUCACAUCGAUUAAGUUUCGAAAGCUAUAUUACGAAGAAAUAAAAUGUUCUAAUGCAAAUCACUCGCUUCUUAUUGUUAAAUAAUUAUUAUAUAAAUAAUUUAGGUCAUUUUGAAAUUUAUCAUAUGCAUUCAUUUAAGAAUCUCUAAAAAUUGAAUGAAAUAUUAAUUUAUAUGCUAAUGAGAAUAUAUAUCUGUG